AUGGACAACGAUGACGAUAAGUUCCAUCACUUCUUUUUCCUGUUUGUUUGCCAAAACCGUUUAGAAUUUCCAGUACCUACAAGAUACUUCGGGAAUUGCUUAAAACCGGGAGUUGUCGACAUAAAGAAAAGCGAGCUAAUAGGAGAAAACGGUGUCGUUUUGGCCGCAAAAGCAAUCGGAAAAAGGAUAAAAGAAAUGGAGAGAAGUGGUUUGAGAGGGCAACAACAUUGGCAACAGGCUAUCAUGGAACGGAUUAAAACAGGGCGUCUUACUACGGCUGCAGGGUCGCCGAAACUACAAGUUUACGAUACCGAUUUCGGGUGGGGAAGAUCGUGCAAGGUGGAACUGACGCAUAUCGAGAAUGACGGAGCGAUAGCGUUGGCUGAGUACAUCAAUGAGCAAGGCGAAAUCGAGGUGGGGAUUGCUUUGGAUUAUGAACACAUGGAUGAAUUCGUUUCUAUUUUUGAACAAAGCUUGAAGCUCCUUAAUGUUUAG